AUGCCCAGACUGCCUGAUCAACAGCAGGCGCAUUAUUUCCCCCACCACCACCAGCCGGCGCAGUCCGAGUCGCCGACCUAUUUACCCCAGGCCGCCCCAGGUUAUCAGUCCCAGCAAAUCUCACCGUUGAGCACGUCCGACAAUGCCUCGCCAACCUCGCCCAAGUCGUUUAACCGCAAGCGAUUACGGCCCCUCUUCAUGCCCGCUGUCCUGAGGCCGACCGAGCACGCACCAAAGCAAAGCCCCGGCGGGAAUGGCGAGGGAGGGGGCGACGACGACGAGACUAUACUAUCGUCAAAUAAUAGCUUCAUCAGCUUGACCGGCCUGGGCGCACUGGGGCGAUUGAGUCGACGAUCGACAGGCGACAGCGGGAAAUGCAUGGAGGGCGACUGGAACUUGGAUCUGUUUCCGAAGCCCACCGCGCAACCCACGCGACAGCACUGGAAGUCUGAUACUGAAGCCGCACUCUGCGACGAACCUUCCUGCAUGCGCAGCUUCAACUACUUCACACGGCGACACCACUGCCGCAAAUGCGGCAACAUCUUCUGCGACUCGCACUCUGCGUCCAGUGUCCCUCUCGACCAGGAUGCCAACUACAACCCAAAGGGCGUCAUCAGCCGAGCAUGCGCCCAUUGCUACUCGGAUUUCCAGGCAUGGCGCAGCAGGACAAACAGCCAGGCCUCUAGCGAGGAGUCCUCCGUUGUGCGAGGCUCUCGGACGACUCCGGCCAGCCCUAUGAUCGCAACCCCGACCGGCUUGAAACCACACGGUCAUCAUCAAGAGGUAGCAGCGAGUGUACCUCGGGACUGGAACUGGAGCACAUUUUGA